AUCAAAUUAUAGUCUUUUGGUUUUCCCCGUACAAGAGUCACAUCAUCGUUACUAUAUAUACUUUCAACUCCUUAAUUCCCAACUUUACCUUCCCUAUGAAGUUUCCUUCCUUCUCUCUUUAUAAGUACUCACACUCUCUGUUCUUCCCCACACGCAGGGAAGAGAGAUUUAAAAAAAAAAAACAAUGGCGGAAGCAGCGAAAAGACACAUUGAUCAAAUUCGGAAGACUAAGUUUUCAAUAGGCGGAGCUGAUAAUCCUUUGACGGAGGAUCUUCAUCAGGCCGUGACGAAUCUCGCCGUUGAGAUAUACACUAAGGAUGUUCACUUCCUUAUGGAGCUUAUCCAAAACGCUGAGGACAACGAGUACCCUGAAGGUGUGGAUCCUUCUCUUGAGUUUGUCGUUACAUCUGAGGACAUAACAGCCACUGGAGCUCCAGCGACUCUCCUCAUAUUCAACAAUGAGAAAGGUUUCUCAGAGAAGAACAUUGAGUCCAUUUGCAGUGUUGGAAGAUCCACAAAGAAAGGCAACCGGAAACGCGGUUACAUUGGCGAGAAAGGAAUCGGUUUCAAAAGUGUUUUCUUGAUUACUUCUCACCCUUAUAUCUUCAGCAACGGGUAUCAGAUCAGAUUCAACAAGGAGCCUUGCAGCCAAUGCAGCCUUGGCUACAUUGUUCCUGAGUGGGUUGAGCAAAAUCCUUCUCGUGGCGACAUUCAAAGGAUUUACGGUUCUGGUUCUGCUCUUCCGACAACAACCAUAAUCUUGCCGUUGUACAAUGACAAAGUAAAGCCGGUGAAAGAACAGCUCUCCAAUGUUCACCCUGAAGUUCUAUUGUUUCUGUCCAAGAUCAAGCGCCUCUCUAUCAGAGAACACUGCCAAGACUCUAGGCUCAGCACGGUGAACUCGAUCGGGAUCCUAAGCGAGACUGAUCUUGUGGCGAGGAAGAGCAUUGAUGCAGAGUCAUACACUGUCCACCUCUCUGCUAGUGAAACUAGUUCUGAGAAACAGUGUAGUUACUAUAUGUGGAAGCAAAAGUUCCAGGUGAAACAUGAGAACCGUGUGGAUAGGAGAAGUGGAGUCGAGGAUUGGGUCAUAACUUUGGCUUUCCCAUUCGGAGAGCGUCUUGGCCGUGGAAACAGCUCUCCUGGUGUCUAUGCGUUUCUUCCUACAGAGAUGGUAACGAACUUUCCCUUCAUCAUCCAAGCUGAUUUCAUCCUAGCUUCAUCGAGAGAAACUAUAGUUCUUGAUGACAAAUGGAACCAAGGGGUUCUCAACUGUGUUCCGAUGGCUUUCGUGAAUGCAUUCACCUCCUUGGUGAAAAAGACCGAAGCACCUGUGUCCACCUUGCUUCCUGUCUUUAGGUUCUUGCCUGUAGAGCAAUCUACUUACGCGGAGAUGAAUCUUGUUAGAGAAUCUGUGAGGACAAGGGUUUCAGCAGAGGAGAUCGUGCCAAGCGUGUCCCACAAGGGACAAAAGUUCUUCCACAGGCCAUGUGAGGUCGGUCGUCUCAUCCCUGAUUUCUGGGACUUCUUGGAGAAAGCAAAAGAAGAAGGUGCAAGCUUGCAGAACAUCUCAUCCCAUGGGGUGUACAUAUUGGAUCCAUGCUUUGACAAAACAGAGAACGACAAGGUUAUGGAGUUCUUGGGUGUGCAGAGAGUCGGCAACGAAUGGUAUGCGAAGUGCAUUCAGGGUUGUGAUCUCGUGACUAGUGUUUCAGAAAAUACGUAUGUGGAGGUUCUUGUUUUCCUAGCUGAGAAUUGGGAGUCAAGAUUCAAGAGUACGAACAUGGUUAGAGUUCCGCUUAUCAAGUACGUUGUGCAGAAGGGAGUGAUGACUUCUCUCAGCAGUUUGGCAGAUUUUAGUCCUAAGACAUUAUGCCUCCCUACAGACAAGAACCAGGUUUGGCUACUGGAUUGGAAUGAUGAGUUCAGAUUCAUGUCUAAGUUUGUUUUCCUGCCACAAAUAACAAAGUCAGCGUUUCUAGCUUGUUCCAAGAAGGAAACAGUACUUAACUGGCUCAAGGAGAAGUUUACCGUCACCAAACUUAGUAUCUCUGACUACGCAAAAUCUCUCCGGGAGAAUCUUAAUGGAGAUAAGAGGCUUGUGGUUGCGUAUGCACACUUUCUCCAUCGCUCAAUCUCGAAGGGGUUUCUAUCGAAUGACGAGGCUGUGAAAUGCUGUAAAGACAUGCCUCUUGUGGACAACUAUGGGAAUGUCAACACAAGUAGGACCGGUGUUCUUGUUCCUUCAAGCACAGGCAAAUGGGUAAGCUUGAUUGGCUCCAACCCUUGGAGACAAAACGGUUACAUUGAGCUUGGGGAAGAGUAUUUGUCUUCUGGUAGGUUUGCUGGUGUGAUGUCUAAUCAUAGAGAGCUUCUUGAGUUUCUUAAAUCCUAUGCUAAGGCUGGAGAUAUACCUGACUUAAAGCCUCCAAAUGCUGCUAUACCUGCCUUGUCUGGUGCUCUAAGAAAAGAGAAUGCUUUCUUGCUCUUGGAGUGGAUUAAGUGUAACAGAUAUUAUCUUCUUCCCAUGUUUCUUGGUUCUGUUAGAGGAGGAAGCUGGUUAAGAACAAUGAUGAAUGGGUGCUCUGAUUAUCGCCCGCCUUCUCAGUCUUUUUACCAUACUGCAUCAUGGGGACGGAUCUUGCAAGACGGAUCAAUUCUUGUGGAUAUCCCACUUGUUGAUCGAAGCUUCUACGGAAAUGAGAUUGAGAAGUACAGAGAAGAGCUUAAAACUGCCGGUGUCAUGUUUGAGUUUAGUGAAGCCUGUGAGUUUGUUGGAAACCAUCUCAUGGGUUUAGCUAUGAAUUCAUCUUUGUCUACAGCGAACGUGUUCUCGAUUCUGAAGUUCAUUAGGCAUUUGAGACAGAAGCUACUCUCACCAGAUGAUUUCAUCAGUGCUGUGAAGAAUGUCCGCUGGAUUAGGACAACAUGCGGUGACAGAUCUCCUGAUGGAGUUGUUUUGUUCAGCCAAGAAUGGAAAGCCGCCAAGCUGAUCUCUGACAUUCCGUUUAUAGACAGAGAUUUCUACGGUGAGGCUAACCUCAAUGGCUUCAAGGAAGAGCUUAAGCUACUAGGCGUUGUUGUUCAGUUCCAAGAGAAUCACAGCCUCAUCGUUUCUCACUUGAACCCUUCAAAGCUGAAUUACUUAACAGCCGAUGGAAUGCUCUUAGUGCUUGCCUGUAUGCGUCGUCUGAGUCCUCAAAAGCUUAUUGCUUCCUUGAGAAACUCUCAAUGCUUCAAGACAACAAGUGGCUACAAGUCCCCUGCAGAUUGUUUCAUACCUGAUCCUGAAUGGAGCUGCCUUUUAACAGUCUUUGAUGGCUUCCCUUUGAUCGACGAGGGUUUCUACGGAAGAAAGAUAUUUUCCUACAAGGAGGAGCUGAAACAGAUCGGUGUUGUGGUUCAGCUUGAAGAAGCAGUGAAAGGCUUUGUUCGUACGUUUAAGCAGAAAGCUACUUCCUCUGGUCUAACACGAAGCACCGCCUCGUCUCUUCUAUCUUGUUACAGGAAACUGAGUGAAGGUAGUCAUAAGUUCCCUGAAGAACUCUUGAAAAGCUUCAAAGAGUUGCAAUGGCUGCGUACCAAACUCGGCGACUUCCAUGCACCAAAAGAUUGCAUUCUCUUUGAACAAGAAUGGGAACCUCUCCGUCUCAUAGCGAAUCUCCCGUUCAUCGACGACAGCGCAAACUGGUACAGCCAAAGCAUUCACGAGUACAAGAAAGAGCUAAAGGGUUUGGGAGUUACAGUUGAGCUGAGCCAAGGCAUGAGCCAUGUGGUUAGCUCCUUAAGCCUCCCUGAUCCUUCACGCGUCGCUCCUACGAGCGCACUGUCUCUUCUUAAGUGCGUCAGGUUCUUGGUCGAGGAAAGAUUCGGGAAACUCCCUGAAGAGUUUGUUGAAAAGGUUUCUGUCAAAUGGUUAAAGACGCAUUCUGGCUACUGCAGUCCCGAAGAGUGUCUCGUUUAUAACAGCGACUGGGGUUUAGAGCCGUGUGAUGGUCCAUUCAUCGAUGAAGAGUACUAUGGUGUCUCGGAGAUAACUUCGUACAAGAACGAGCUUAUCGCGAUUGGUGUUGGUCAUGAUUCAGCCAAAGCUUGCAAGUUGCUUGCUAGCCACGUACACACACAUUCUGAUUCUGACGCCAUCUCAAGAAUAUACAGGUUCCUCUGUAAAUCCGAAUGGAAGCCUGAGAAAGAAUCGUCUUCAGGCCGGAUUUGGAUCCCGAGCGAUGCGAAAUGGGCAGAUGUUUCGAGCUGUGUGAUCUACGACAAAGAUAAACUGUUUGCAUCAUCGCAGCUAAACGUUCUUGAAAACCAUUAUACAGAACGUGACCUUCUUGUCUUCUUCUCAUCUGCGUUUGAAGUGAGAACCAGCCCUUCGAUUGAGGAUUACUGUGCUCUGUGGAAAGAUUGGGAGAGAACGAAGGAGAGUUUGUCUAACGACGAGUGUUGUGCGUUCUGGAGAUUCGUUGUUCGACACAGUUACACUGUUAAAGCUGAGAAGAUCCUCUCUGAGUCCUUCUCUCGUUUGCCAGUCAACGGACAAGAUGGAGGAGUCUUGUUAUCGGACAUAAGCGACGUGUUCAUAGCUGAUGAUCUGCUGUUGAAAGAUCUGUUCAUAGAUUCCCCUGUUUUCGUGUGGUACCCAACUCCAAGCAUCGCGUCUUUGUCGCAAACGAGUCUUUUGGAGCUUUACAGAAAAAUCGGCGUCAAAGAGAUCUCCAAAUGCGUUGAGAUGGCAGAAGCGAAGUUAACCGAUGGAGUUGAUAUCAAAGAGAAUAAAAAUCUGAUCAAACCGGGGCUGGUACGGCUGAUUCUCGGUUUCCUCUCUGAUCCAACUCUCAAGAUAGAUGCUGAGGAACGUUCUAGGAUCGUACAUGGUCUUGUCACUCUGAACGUUGUUGAAACUCCGGAGACGAUCUCGACGGAGUAUAGUUUGAAUCUACCGUCGAAAGGAGAGAAGCUGAUCGCGAAGGCGAAGCGGAUGAUAAGGUGGGAGAGGGAGAAGGGAGUCGUUUAUGCGGAGAAGAUGGAGGAAGCUUGUGGGAAUAGAAAGGUUUUGGAGUACGCCACGUGUUUCGCUGAGGUUGUUGCUAAGGGAGUGAUGUGGGAGAGAGAGGAACUGAUCGGACGGUUGUCAGAGUUUGUGAAGAUGGCUUACUUGGUGGAGUUCGAUGACGAUGCGGUGGAGUUUCUUAUGAAGUCCAAGAAUCUUCAGGUUUAUGAAGAAGAUGAGAAAGUCAUCUCAGAUGCUUUCUCUCUCAAGUAACUUGAGAUGCUAGAAAAUCCCAAGUAAAUGAAGUUACCUCUAUGUUCAGUCUCAUUUUUUUGCGUCUAUUUUGGUCUACGAAGAAGACGAUAGAAUCAUCUCAGAUGCUUUAUCUUUCAAGUAAACAUGAGAUGCGCUUACUUUCUACAUCCCUAAGUAUUCGUCUAUUUUGUUUUCUACUUCUCAACUCUUAAGUGAUCUCUAUGUUCAAUCUCGUUUAAAUUCGUCUAUUUUGGAUUUUGGUAUUCCACAUCUUUUGUAACCUCAUGACUCUUUUGAAGUUACUAUAAACAAUUGAAGUAUUUAAGUAUUUUUUUUUUCUUACA